UCAUGGGUGAUGCUUGAACUCAUUGCUAUCUUUGUGACGCUAGUUGUGUUGUAUUCAUUGAUUAGUAAGCAUGUACGACUGCACAAGCGUACACUCUCCAGAUUAUCUAUCUCAAGUCAAAGUCAAAUGAAGGUGACAAAUCCAACCAGAAUCUUCUUCUGCCUGACUGUAAUAUUCCUAGUCAGUUCUGCUCCAAGAGUUUUGCAGACUUUGUACUGUAGCGUAGCCAAAGGUAAUGAUCACCCAACCUCUGCCAGCAUUCAUUAUGUUUAUGAUGUGAUAAUCAUAUUGCCCUUCAUAAACUGUAUAGUCAACCCUUUUGUCUUCGGCUUCACAUCGAGAGUGUUCCGACAUCACCUUAUGUCUCUCAUCCAUGCUCGCAUAAAAAUAACUAGACCUCAGCAACUACCAGCAGACAUGCGGCUAUCGGUAGAAUCAAUGAUGCCAAUGUGAUUAAAUACUUCAAGUGAGUUUGGUAUAAAGCCCGCUUUUAACAGUUUUUCAGUUUGUUCACUGCGUGUCAGCUUGAUGUGGGAGGAAAGCCAGAAGUGAUGCAGGUCAAGGCGAAACCCACGAGCACGGAUAUGGUGCUGGCCGAUCUGGAAACAUAAUCUGGCGAAUCUGGGAUUCGAAACCACGAUUGUAGUGUUCACGCCUAAGGGACGCAACUCUGAAUAUAGACUUCCAAUGCCUUCGACGACUUGGCCAACCAAACAACAGUGCGUCAGCUGGGUGUGUCAACUGAUCUCGUUGCAUUUAGUAGUAGAACAAAGGUCACACAUAUUAGGCAUUAUUCAAAUUUAUAAAAUGGUUGAAGAGGCAAUUUCAUCUCCAAAGUAACACAUCAAAAAAGUCCUUUCAUGUAAUGACUAUGAAUCCUUUUGACCUAAUCAGCGUUCCUGGAGUGUAUGUGCUUGUGUAGUAAAUACAGUGGGCCAUGAGGUUUUAUUCGGAGGUUCAACUGUGGUUUUGUCCAGAUGUUAGUUUAGCUUGACAAAUUGUCUUUUUGUAUUGUUGCCAUUCUAACAUAUCUAUUUGGAGUGACUGUUAUCAUAAUACUUGUAUUUCCUGUGUUGUGGAAGUAUCGUGUUAGUAUAAGCUUCAUACACUGGAUUUAGUAUCAGGGUAAACAUGUUACGAUUUCCAACAUGAUUCUAGACACAGUGUGAAGUCAACGACUACAAAUUUUAUUUCAGUUUCCGGGGAUGAAUGAGUGCGAGACUUUCAAACCAUGAUCAUCACACACGGAAAAUGUGACGCUAUACAGCACACUACGUGGUUCUGUUUACAUCCCUGUGGUAUAGUUUUGAUUUCCUUUUCUAAAAUGUUGCUAAUUUUGUUCAUGCUAGGAAACUGUGUGGGGGAAUGCCGAGCAGGACACACAUGUGUGUGAAUUCCUGAGGAAUCCUAUUUCAUAAGAACCCGUUGAAUAGAUGGUUCAACUUCCAUAUGAGGUCAAUAGUCACAUGCUUUGAUUCAUAAAGAAAGUACUAUAACUCUAUACGGUUUAUUUAUGCUGAUACGACGUUAAUUACUGACUCAUUCAUAUCACGAAUAUAUGAUGAAGAGAGGAUGACACAAUUUGUAGACAUUUUUCCAUUGAUUGAACCAACAAGCCAGGUUCCUAACACCCAAAGGAUCAGAUUCAGGUGAAUCUGGGACUCGAAACCACAAGUAGUGGUUCCCGGCAGCAAAGGGACACAACUAGACAUAAUUCAUCCCUGGCCGCAAAUAUGUCGUUAAUCUUCGCUACUAUUACUUGAAUCAUUUACAACCAUCGGACCAAAUGCAAACAUAGAUUAAUUAAAACACAUUUAUUUAUAUUUUUUGAGCGAAUGCAUAAAAGCAUAAGCAUUUAGGUAUAUCCCUAAAUUUCCAAACUUUCAUUGAUGACGUUACCCCACCUAACGCCACAAUUUGGUGACGAUAUUAUGAGGUUACCUUUUGCAAAAAAAUAGAAUUGAUGAGGUUAUCAUGUACCUCGACUGAACCUGUAAUGAAUACUUCUGCCAUGUAUCGAUGAAUAUGCGCUAUAUGUUGAACUGAUACCACAGGUGACUAGAAAACGCCAGUGCACAACAAUGGCUAAUCCGAUAUAUUUAACAUCUAGAAAUAGGUAUACAUUCCUAUCUCAUUGUCUUGUUAUAUUUGUGUUUUUAUCUGAUUUGUUUUUCCACCUUGAAUGCUAUGUCAAACAUGAAUUAUAUUUGUCAGAUGAAAAGAUAGCAAUAUCAGAAGUGUCAUCGGAGAAUGAAACAGUAGAAGGGCCCCCAUGGCGUCGGACCAUAAUCACAAACAGGCAACUGCCAGUCAAUACAAGGAAAUGACACCAUAGCAAUUACCGUCGAAUUUGUUAGAUAUUUCAGCUUCCUUGUGUUGAAACAAUAGGGGAAAUCAAGCGCAUCUGCCACCCAACUGCCCACUGUUCCUGUCUGAAAUCAUUACAAGGAAACAAGCUCAGAUAUAUAUAAGGCGUAUUCCUGGAGACCCCGAUAUUUUAUGAAAAUGCUGAAUGCUUGUCGUGGUACUUGACCCACCAAGCGCGGAACCCUUUAGUUCUGGAAGUUGAGACGUCAACACAAGUGGUGACGCAAAAGUUAAGCCCUCAAAGCAAAAUGGUUAUGAAACAAUGUGCAUAUGAGAGUUCCGUUGUAUCUCAACAUCGUCAGACAGCCUCUGGAAGUGGAACGGAAUAGCAUCAAAUGCCCGGAUAACAAUGAACAACACAGCGAGUCUGCCCCUUAUCCCCAUCAGCAUCUUGGAAGGGAUUAAGCUUCAUCCCAUCAUCGCCUUCUUCUGUGUGCUGUUGGUGUUUGUUGGGAUCCCAGGAAACGGUUUCAUCCUUUACAUCUACACCAAGAAAAUCAACCUCGCAAUUUUUGGUUUCUUCAUCAAAACAUUAGCAGUUCUUGAUCUCAUCACCUCCAUUGGAGUAAUACCUUCGUCUUUGAUAUCGAAAGUCAUUCCAAAUAUAAACAUCUCUGAAAUGUGUAAGUACAUCACCUUUGUCUGUUACUUCAGUUCUUCCACAACAGGGAUUCUGUACGUUGUGAUCGCUUUCCAACGGUUUAGGAAAAUCUGUUAUCCUCAUGAAUCUCAGCUAACAAUGAAUCUGGCUAGGAAAGUGACGCUUGUGUGUAUCAUCUUCUCUUUCGUAUCUGGCCUUCCUAUUGUCUUCAUAAUGGCAGCCAGCAAGUUACAAAUUAAGUGGAAUGUGAACAACAAGGAGGGCUUGGUCAAGGGUUUGACGUGUGACUACACUGAAACCGCUAAAGACAUGAAGAUAGCCCUGGCAUUCUCCAUCUGGAUGUUUAUAUUCGUUGUGUGCAUCAUGAGCUCAUUGACAGUGCUGUACUCCAAAAUUGUCUUGAAACUGAGACGCCAUACUCGAGACAUGAAUGUGUCAUUACCUUCAACAAGACGCCAUAAAAGAACUGUUGCCGUUACGGCCAUGUUUUUCAGUUUGACCAUCAUCUAUGUCCUGAGUGUUAUCCCACGUCUUGUCCAGGCAUUGUUAUUCAGCAAGACCAUGACAAGUACUCAACGGACAUUCACACAGCUCCAGAUGUCUGAUUUUGCUGUCCAAUUGCCCUUCGUCAACUGUGUUGCCAACCUCUUCAUUUACGGUUUCUCCUCCAAAAGAUUCCGACGUGAGGCCCUCUCUGCUCUGUGUGGUAGAUAUGACCCUGACCAAGCCCUCACUACAGAUACUCGAACUCAGACGGAACUCAGCCUUGUGGGCCCGAAGCAAGUCUCACCUGGUACUAUGUGUGCCCGCUCACAACAUUGACCUUCUCUCGAGGAUGGAACAUAUGAGUAUUUAUAAAUCAGUAAUUUUUAUUAUAGUACUAUAUGUGCUGAUAGGGGAUAAUUUAGGAAACACUCACUGAAGCAUAUUUUACAUGUAUGUCCAUAUUUAUUUAAUUAAGUUAAAAUCACUCAUCUUGUAUGAGAAAAGUUUGUUUUGUUUGUUUGUUGUUUAACGCCACUCAGCAAUAUUCCAGCUAUAUGACGGCGGUCUGUAAAUAAUCGA